CAGCAGCUCUUCAGUCAGACUUCUGUCCUCGAGCAGCAGAGCAGACGCAGAUCCACCGGAGAAACUCCUAAACCCUUCAGAUGAUCAUGAGAGUCCUGAGCGCUUUGCUCCUCAUGAGUGCUGUCACAGCGCCUGUGAGAGGAGACGCAAACUUCACAGCAGAGACACUCAGCACUCCUCCAGUGAAGACAGUGCUGAAGUCCAGCUUCCAUCUGUUCCACGAGGGGAGCGUGUUUGAGGAGACCUGCGCCGUGGUCCCAUUCAGGUCCGAAACCCUCCACAGAUGUGCCUACAACCGAAGCGACCCGCUGGUGCUGAUUAUACACGGCUGGACGAUGAAUGGACGCAUGGAGCCAUGGAUCUUCAAUCUGGCUUCUGCACUGAAGGUCCGGCUGGGGCGGGUCAACGUGCUCAUCAGCGACUGGAGGAAGCUGGCCCUUCAGCCGUAUCCAAUCGCAGCCAAGAACAGCAGACAGGUGGGGCAGGACGUGGCCGUGCUGCUCAGAUGGCUGGAGGAAGUGACGCAGCUCUCCAUGGAUGAUGUCCAUCUGAUUGGCUACAGUCUGGGAGCGCAUGUGGCCGGAUUCGCAGGAAGUCAUUUCAGAGGACUGAGGAAAGUUGGCCGCAUUACUGGUCUGGAUCCGGCCGGGCCACACUUUGAAGGUCAGCCAGCGUUUGACAGACUGUCUCCGGACGACGCUCAGUUUGUGGACGCCAUCCACACCUUCACCGGCUCCAGCAUCAUGCCGGGACUGGGAAUAAAGCAGAGCGUUGCUCACGUGGACUUCUACCCCAACGGAGGCUCCUUUCAGCCCGGCUGCAAGAUGCUGGACAUUUACAGCAACGUUUUCCAGUACGGCCUGCAAGGUGUUCCCAAGACCAUUAAAUGCGCCCAUGAGCGCGCCGUCCAACUCUUCACCAACUCCCUCAUCAACGCCAGCCAGCCCAUAAUAGGCUUCCGUUGCCGUGACGACAGCACCUUCAACAAAGGCCUGUGUCUUGACUGCAAACAGAUGCGCUGCAACACACUGGGCUACGACGUGCGGCACGAGCGCGUGGGGAGGAGCGCUAAAGGCCUGUACCUAAGGACCGGCCCACAGGCGCCCUACAGAGUGUUUCACUACCAGAUCAAAGUCCUGCUGAAGAACCUGAUCGAGCCUGUCGAGGCCUCACUGUCCGUCUCACUCAACGGGACCGGAGGAGAGAGCCCACUACUACCCAUAAUCCUGCAUCAGGAGAGCGGCGGUCUGAAGUCCUUCACGUCUCUGCUGGUGGUAUCGUCUGAUCUGGGCCAGCUCAGCUCCGUGCGGCUGGUCUGGAAGGGUGAACUGGUCUGGUCCAGCUGGAUGAGGCGCGUCAGGAACAUCAUGAGCUGGAAUGGCUCCGAUCAGGGCGUGGAGCUCAGCGUGUGGAGGAUCCUCAUCAAAUCAGGAGAGAAUCAGGAGAAGUGCUGGUUCUGUGGCGUCUCUGCCGAAGUGUCCCGUCUCAGGAUCUCGGAGGAGCAGGAGUUCAGACGCUGCCGGGUCACAAACACCAGCACACACAGCAGCCCUUCAACCCAGUCUGUUUAUUAAUGCAGUUCAAGUACUCCAAAAAAAUUACAUCUCUUUGCACAAUACGUUCUGAAAUGUUACGUAAAAAUGUUCAAAGUGAACAAAAAUUUAGGUACUGUAUAAAACACAGUGAACAUUAACAGACAGCAGUAUUAAUCUUUUUUUUUAAAUCUGGUUUUUCAUUCGUUUCUCAAUUUUAGUGUUCGGCCUAUUUUCACCUACAACAUCUGGACUCAAUUAAGACUUUUUUUUUCAGUGCACUUUUCCUCUAUGAAGUUUCACCAAGACUACGUAAAAAUGAAAUAAAGUCAAAAUACAGGCAAAUAUUCAGAUCUCCCUCGAUCCAGACCGCCGCAAAACCACCGAACCGGGUUUCUUCCUCACAGAUGGCAGUACGGUAAAGAAGAGCCGGGUGCGGUCGGCCUGGACUCCACAAACGCAAACACACAAAAAAACAGUAUCAAAAUGUAGCUUCAAAUUGAACAGAAAUCCUCCAGUUACUGUACAGAGUUCACAUGAGAGGAAGUGGACAGUCAGACGUGACGAGACCAGUCCGUCUCCAGCAUCAUGAUGAUGAUGAUGAUGAUGAAGGUGUGUUUCUGUCAGAGUCUGUGAUCUAAACAGGUUAAUGUGACCGUUAGUACCGUGAGAAUCCUCUUCACUGGGAGCCGAACGCUUUCCCAUGAUGCUCAGUUACUUCACUCUUCUGAAACGAUCGUACGUUUAGAAAGGUCUCUUCAUGAUCGUCCUGCUAAAACACACAUCAAACUCAAGUUUGCGCUGCUCUUCAUGCACACGUUCCUCAUUGGUGGAGUGUGGUGAAUGUGAGUGUAUGGCAAGCCACUUUAACAUUUAGUCCUAAUAAUAUACUAGCAUUAACUUUCACACUGCCAGUACUUAAUCAUAAGCUACUAGUUCUUAUCUUUAGCUACUAGAGUACCUAUUCAUUCCUAUACACUCAUUACAUACUAGUAUUUAUUCCAAGUGUUUCAGAUAAGAUUUUUCAUUUUGCUAUAAUUUUUUUUAGAUUUUCAAUUGAGCUC